CAGAAACUACACAUAUUACCGUUAACGUACUUUUAUCGAUCACUAAACCCUCAUCUUCUUGAUCCUUCAAGAACACGAUUUUUACAGCAAUUGAUGAUUAAUGAGUUGAAUUCACAAGUAGAUAAUCAGCAAUGUGGACGAACAAAGACUCAGCGAAUUCAACUCCAAGAGGAUUUCCGUUCUCCACACCUCAGCCGGAGAAGAAGCGAUGCUAUUCUUCAAACAUGUAUUCUUCUCCGCCAUUCCCGAUUCGGCAACCACCGUUGCCGGCGUCGGAGAAGAAAUGGGCACCACCGCAAUCCGGUAACAGUAAUAGUCUUUUCCAUGUCAUCCACAAAGUUCCCGCCGGUGAUUCUCCAUACGUCAGAGCCAAACAUGUUCAGUUAGUAGACAACAAUCCAAGCAAAGCUGUAUCAAUGUUUUGGGCUGCUAUUAAUUUGGGUGAUCGAGUUGAUAGUGCUUUAAAAGACAUGGCUGUAGUGAUGAAACAGUUGAACAGAUCAGAUGAAGCAAUCGAAGCCAUCAAAUCUUUUCGUCAUUUAUGUGCACUAGAUGCACAAGAGUCUCUCGACAACAUUCUUCUUGAAUUAUACAAGAGAUCAGGACGCAUUGAUGAACAGAUUGGAUUGCUUCAAUCAAAACUUAAGCAUAUUGAAGAAGCUACUUGCAUGAAUGGGAAUCGAACUAAGCUUGCUAGAUCACAAGGGAAGAAGAUUCAAAUCACCAUGGGACAAGAGUAUUCAAGAUUAUUAGGGAACUUGGCGUGGGCUCACUUGCAGCAAGACAAGUAUAAAUUAGCCGAAGAGAUAUAUCGAAAAGCGCUUUCGUUGGAACCUGAUAAGAACAAGAGGUGCAAUCUAGCGAUCUGUUUGAUGUACAUGGAGAAGAUGACGGAAGCGAAGUUUCUUCUGAGUACAGUGAAGGAUUCAAAUCGGAAUCGGGACUUUGAAGAAGAUUCAUACGCGAAAUCAUACGAGCGAGCGAUUCAAGUAAUGGAAGAAUUGGAAAUGGAAAAAAGACGUAACACCGGAAAUCAAUCGUCGUUCUCUUCGUUUCUCAGUAGACACAAAGACUCAGAUUCCAACGAGAAAGCGACGACAAGAGGAAAACGUAGCAAUUCCGUUUCCGAUCCCGGAUUCCGUCGCGCUUAUGCAUCUCCGUCGCCGAUCUGUGGCACGCCUAGGGUUCCGUUUACCCAGCCGAGAAGACGAGAUUGGGAGAGAGCUGAUUCCGGUGGUUGUUUUAGGAAAUUACAUUUUGAAAAGGAUGGAGAAGAUAAGAUAGAACCAGGGAACGUGGGUGGUGAAAUGACGGAAAUACCCUCGAAGGUGGAGAAGAAGAGUUGGGCGGAUAUGGUGGAAGAAGACGAACAGAAUCAGAAUCUGCUUGACGAAAAUACGGAUUAUGGUGAUAAUGAAAACAUCAACGAAGAAGAAGGUGAAGAUUAUGGUGAUGAGAAUACGGAUUGUAAUGUAAUGAAUCGGAGGAUUGAAUCGUUGAGUUUACAGGAUGGAUAUCAAACGCAACCGGGGACUGCUAAAAGUAAAAAGGUUGACCGGUGUUUGACUUUUGGUAGCAUGAGUCAAAAUCGAAGUGAAGAAGAAAAUUACUGGUGUUCUUCGUCUGAAAGGAAGGAAAGCUUGGGGUAUGAAAGCUUGAACGGUGGCAAUGGAGGUUUUCCGGCGAGAAAUGGUUUUAAAGAUAUAGUUUUGACUUCGGAAAGGCCGAGAACUUUAGAAUGA